AUGGAUGGGGGUACAGUGGAAGAUGCGGCGCCGGCGGCGGCCCCAAGGGCGGCCAAGCCGACGAUUCUGGUGCCGCCGCGUGGCCCGGCGGAGUCGUUCUUCGCAGCCGGGAUGGGGAGCCUCGGGUUCAGCCCCGGCCCGAUGACGCUGGUCUCGAGCUUCUUCGCGGAGCAGGGCCCGUUUUCUUUCUCCCAGCUGUUGGCCGGAGCCAUGGCCUCGCCGAUGGCGCCGAAGCUGGAUUUCUCGCCGGCGGAGGAUAUUCCGGCGAAAGAAGAAGAAGAAGAAGAUGUAAAAUCUCCGGGCGGUGGGGAGAAUCCCGAGGGUGCCGUUGGGUACAAGCGUAAUAGGCCGAUGAAUUUGGUGGUGGCCCAGCCGCAGCUGCAGCCGGAGAGCCUGAGCCCGAUGUUCAUGGUCCCGCCGGGCCUGAGCCCGUCCGGGUUUCUUAACUCACCCGGGUUUUUAUCCCCACUUAGCCCAUUUGGACUCGGAAUGUCUCACCAGCAAGCUCUGGCCCACGUCACGGCCCAAGCCGCGCUCUCUCAAUCUUACAUCCAAAUGCAAGAACAAAUCCAACGGUCAUCCUCAUCCACACCCACAGUGGAUAAUAACUACUCGCCUUCACCGACCGAUGAGACGCCUCCACAUCACUCGAACCCAACUCCACAAACAGAACCAGAAACAACCAAAAUAGAGUCUCCCGAAUUUUCCUCUCAGCCCGCAAGUAAAAAACCGGUUAAUGUUACAAACGGCAAUAAACCAGCAAAUGACGGCUACAAUUGGAGAAAAUAUGGGCAGAAGCACGUGAAAGGCAGCGAGUGCCCGAGAAGUUACUAUAAGUGCACACACUCGAAUUGUCCGGUCAAGAAGAAAGUCGAGCUGUCUCUAGACGGGCGUAUUUUGGAGAUUGUGUACAAGGGGCAGCACAAUCACGCACCCCCUCGAAAUAAUAAUAAUAAUAAACGGGCGAAAGAUGGUUGUGGGCCUGAGACGAACGGGCCUAACGAGGCUGUGGAAGUUAGUUCUCGGCCUGCGAAUCUGCAUGUGGGCCUACUCCAGCCGCUCGAGCGUGGUAAUGGUGAUGUGGAAAAUAAUGUGAUUGUGGUGGAUGAUGGGGAUGAUGAGGAACCGAUUGCUAAAAGGCGGAGCUCGGAUGUUGAGCAGUCGAAUCCCGUUUAUUCGCAUCAAACAAUUACUGAAUCAAAAAUUGUCGUGCAGACAAGAAGCGAAGUCGAUCUUUUAGACGACGGUUAUAAAUGGAGAAAAUACGGACAAAAAGUGGUCAAGGGGAAUCAACAUCCUAGGAGUUAUUACAGAUGUACAUAUGCCGGGUGUAAUGUACGAAAACAUGUCGAGAGGGCCUCUGCAGAUCCUAAAGCCGUGAUUACUACUUACGAAGGUAAGCAUAAUCACGAGAUUCCUUCUAGAAGGUUCUCGCUCCAUGCCAAUGUUAGUCCUCCUCAGCCUCUAAAAGCGCCAAAAUCGACAGCCAAGAAUCUUUUUUCGGCUCCAGAAAUGGAUUUCUCGAGCCAAGAUAAGAUUCCGGUGACUUUACACCUCAAGGAAGAACAAAUUGCUGCAUGA